UGUUGAUUAUUCUUGUUGCAUUCUUCCGGUUUCCAGUAGUUGUUAAAUAUAUCAAGUUUCUGACAACCUUCUCGGAUACGCUUUCAUUGGAAAAUCCUCUUUCUACUUCACAAUCACUCAAACGGGGAGAAUGUAUGUCUGUGAUUCAAGGAUGUAAGCGGAAUAGUGGAGAACAUUCAAGGAUAUAUGAGAAUGCUGAAGUAAAUUCAAGGAUAUAUGAGGAAUGCUGAAGUAAAUUCAAGGUUAUAUGAGGAAUGCUGAAGUAAAUUCAAGGAUAUAUGAGGAAUGCUGAAGUAAAUUCAAGGAUAUAUGAGGAAGAUGGGAAGAGUUUCAAGGAGACUGAGGAAUGUAGGAGACAAAUUAGGAUAUACUAGUAUGAGGAAUAUAGGAAGGGACUCAAAGUGUUCCAGAACAGAAAUGAGUUGCUUUACAUUCGGGCUAACCAUAGAUAUUGAACACCUUCAAACUAAAGGGCGAUGUGUUUAAGACUUUGAUCGAGGAGUAGUUGGUGGCAAGACUUGAUUGAACCAAUGUCAUUUCAGUCCCGGAGAGACACAUCUGGCGUUCCUUGCUUCAGGAAGAUGAACAAACCUAGGGAUAAUGUUCUCAUCAUCCAUCGGGCGGUGGGGAGGGCCAGGGACAAAAGAAGCAUGUCGGCUGCCGAAGCGGCCAUCUUGGAACAGAUGAUUCCACUCAAACCUCGGCUCACUGGGCGAAGGAAAUCAGUUCCACCUGAGACUGUCAGGCCUACGCAGCAUGGCAAACACGAGAGUAGGGAACGAUGGCGACCUACCCUUGAACCUGUCAAGGUGCUCGUACACCCGAGGAAACGGUUUAAGCGCUACAUCCGCCUGGCCCUCAUCUGUAUCCGGCUGUGCAAUACAAGUUACCAGAGUGUGAAGGAAUCAGGUGAUGAGUUCCUGUCGGUCAUCCAGGUGUCCCAAGACUAUGCUACUAUCGACAGAGACGGCCUGUUCUUUGAUACCAACGACUUUAAGGCUGAUACACAGGACCGUGUACCCCAGGAGGCCAAAAGAAUUCUUCAGAUGAAACCGGAGGAAAGGUCCCUCAGAGACGUUCAAUACUUGGUAAUCGUCUUGAGCAAUAUCCCAGCUUUUGCAGAGUAUCCCAGGCGCAUGCAGCAUAAACUGUGCGCUGUAGGAUGGUAUGAAGCAUACGAACCUAAGAGAGCCAUUGUCCGAGAAGGUCAUCCGCCGCACUCGUUCUACUUCCUGUUAUCGGGGACAGUUCUUGUCACGGCGUUUGAGAAUGGCGUUGCACGGACACUGGUCAGUCUCCGGACAGGCAUGUCAUUCGGGGAGUUGGCGGUCAUCACCAGGAGCCGGCGUCAAGCCACUGUCAGCACCCACACUCCCACGGAACUGCUGUGUAUAUCGGCAAAGGAUUUUGAGGACAUAUUUAUGGCUGGAGGAAUGCAGAACUUAAACGACCCAGAUCACAUCUCCUUUAUCAGGAGUGUUGGAUUUUUGCGUCACUGGCCAGUUGAAAUCCUGUCCGAGUAUCACCAAGCCUGUAUGUUUCAUUACUUCAAUCGGGGACAGGUGCUUGUUCGGGACAGUAAUAACUCUGACUGGAUAUACAUUGUCAAAUCGGGUAGUUUGUCCGUGUUGAAGAAACUCCAGGCAGCACAGCCAGAUGUCCGCAGACACGGGAAUGAACCAGCUGCCGAUGCAGAAGAAAGUGACCAUGUUGGUCGAUCUUUAGGAUCAUGGGAUCGUCGUUUGCGGAAGCGAAGGCGGAAACACUCACAGCGCAUGUCCAUGUCAGAACCGGAAGUUUACAGAAGCCAAUAUGAAAUGGAGAGACAACUGGAACAAACAUUGCCUGGUUUUCACAACAAUCAGGACCGACUUGGUCUCAUUGACUAUGAUGCUGUCAUCCGUGAACAUCGUUCCCGUCUCAUACAACGACCCUCUGAGGCGACGUUGUUGCCGAAGAUAGAAGUUGCCGAGAAGUCUGAGAGGAGACCGGGCCGGCGUAAGAGCGUCACAGAGAGGCCGCUACACCUCCCACCUAUACAUAACAAAGAUGGCGACGUUGACGACACCGGAAGGAGUCCAAAAACGGAAAUACGACCUGUCAGCAAAACUGCCAAGGGGGUGUACCUGGCCCCAAGCCCCAUCAGAUCCCGUCACCAUGUGGGGGAGGAUGGGCGGACAUUACCCGAGGUGUCCGACACUCAGAGGGGGCAGACAAGGGAAGAAAGGGUCAGCGAGGACCUCGCUAAGAUGCAGAUUGAGUACCGGCGUAAGAUCAUGGAGCGGGAGGGCCGCAAGACCAUUGCGGAGGAGCUGGACAGCAAGGGGCGGAGGGACUUCGUCUUCACCGAGGCCGACCUCAACCCCAUGUUCAUAUUGGUCCAGGUGCUGGAGCGGGGGCAGUACUUUGGCGUGAGCAAUACGAUCUACCCAGAGCAGCCGAGUCUGAGUCUAGUGAGCAAUGGCGCCGAGUGUAUAGUGUUGUCCAAGAAGCUCUUUCUGGAGAGAUCCAGCGAGGCCGGCAUGCGGCAUGUCAGACACACUGAAUGUCCCUUCCCAGAUGAAGUAGAACUUCAGAAGAACCUGAAAGACUAUGUCAACUGGGAGGCCCACCGCGCCAAGAUCUACCGUCGCCUCGUCAGGCAAAAACAGAAGCAUCACGCCAAGAAGAAACAGUUUUUGCCUCAGUAUGUUGGACAGUACAGCUUCAGAACGGGUCCUUUAUGAUAAUUUGUAGGUGUAAUGGACUAUAUUGAACGUUUAGUGCUGAAAUUUCAUUUUGGGACCAUGUAUCACCUGUGCAACGAUACAGGAUUUGGAUCAUUUAACACAUGUUGUUUUUAUUGCAUUAACGUUUUUGUGUCCAAAUACACAUACAGAUUCACAGACGUGAAGAUACGACCAUUUGCUCAUGCCUUCCACACUAAUCGUAUUAGUCUCCAUUGGCCCGUGACGGGCUCAACGUCUCUUCACGCAUCAACCCCAAUCUCAUAUUUCGGGUCACAUUUUCAGUGUAAAGUCAUUGAGCUUGUGUCAUGAUGUUACCAUGUGCCAUGAUGUUACGCUGAACAUCAUGGCACAAGCUCAAUGACGUGUGUCAACGGCCCCCUUUGCUACCCAAUACAGCAAGGAACACCGGUUGAUUUUCAGUCAUGUUUUGUUUGUGAAUAAACCCGUUGCAUAACGGUUUCUAGGUCUAAAUAUGGAGGACACUGCUUGUAAGAACAGCACAGAUCACCAGUUUACCAAAGCGUAACUCCCAAACCGAUAAACUUUUCUGCUGCUGACGUCGUCAUAUUUUGGUAUCUUCUUGAUGAGGACGUGAUUUUCGAUUUGUGUAUCGCUGAGGACUUUACUUUCGUUUGUUUCGAAUCUUAUAUAAACAUGCUUACAUCAUAUAAGUAUUUUGUGCUUCCAAAAGUGCUAUUUGCACAUUGAGCCUUAUUGGGCUUAUUGGUGUAUCUAGGAAACAUGGGAAAUGUCAUCCAUGAAAACCUUUAAUCUUGAGGAAUAUACUCUUGACUGUGUGUCACUCAGGACUUUCUACAUGUUUUUAUUUAUACAAAGACAAAGGCUUCAAUGAUGCCGCCCAGUUAUUGACAUAUACCUUGUUAAUUUCGUUUCCCUUGCAAAAUAAUACGACUAACUGUGGCAAAUCACAUAUCACUGGACACUUCGACUGAUGGUGUUCUAUGACCUCGUGUGGUAAUUCCAGAACUUGAUUAGACAUGCUGGCACUCAUUACAAGCAUGUUAUCUGGAUACUGAUUGUACCCGGACACCAGAGUGUAGGGAAACCUGUAACCCUGUGAUUGCAUACAGACAUUACAUAAGUAGUAUGCUAAUUAAUGGUAUUGCACGUUAACACUCAUCUAUUUUAACUGAAAGGGUAUUUUUACAACGGCUUUAUUCUGUGAAAAAUGAUAUUCUAAUAGUAUAUGUCAUGUUAUUUUCAUAUGUGUGGAACAGUUGUCUUUAUAUCUGUAUAUUCUGUCAUAGAAUUACAGAUCACAUUACGCAAUUCAAGUUUCAUUGUUCUUGUUAUAGAAUCUAACAUUUGUUAUGUACAACGAAGCUUGUGAACAUGUUACACUUUUGACAAGUUCGUGUUUUCAUAUGCAUAUCUGUGAUACUGAUUGUAUGUCUGUGAUAAGAUUAAGUGCCAAUAAAAACUCUCUUUCAAACUCA